UUUUGACUUCCGCUGCAGCGAAGAGCUAAUGUGAGUGGCUGUUGUCCCAGCACUUUUUCUACAAUCUAUCGCCAUCCGCGCUGUAUAAAGAGAUGGCCCCAACCAAGAAAGGAGAGAAAAAGAAGGGGCGUUCAGCCAUCAAUGAGGUGGUGACCAGAGAGUACACCAUCAACAUCCACAAGCGCAUCCAUGGAAUUGGUUUCAAGAGGAGAGCGCCCCGUGCCAUUAAGGAGAUCCGCAAGUUCGCCAUGAAGGAGAUGGGAACCCCUGAUGUCCGCAUUGACACUCGCCUCAACAAGGCUGUGUGGUGCAAGGGUGUGAGAAAUGUUCCAUACAGGAUGCGAGUGAGGCUGUCCAGGAAGCGCAACGAGGACGAAGACUCUCCCAACAAAUUGUACACUCUGGUCACAUAUGUCCCCGUUACCUCCUGCAAAGGUCUUCAGACAGUCAAUGUGGAUGAGAACUAAACUUCCCCUCCUUCCCCUGAAAGAGUGUAAUAAACACAAUAAAACAGUUUCAACUUGUA